AUGUUUUAUCAGGUCGAGGAGUUGUAUUCCCUAGACCUUGAUUCCCUAAAUAAUCUAAGGCCCGUUUAUGGUUUGAUUUUCCUAUUCAAAUGGCGGCCGGGGGAAAAGGAUGACCGCCUUGUGAUGAAGGAUCCAAAUCCUAACUUGUAUUUUGCAAGUCAGGUUAUCAAUAAUGCUUGUGCCACUCAAGCGAUCUUGUCCAUCCUUAUGAACUCUCCGGAUGUUGAUAUUGGCCCCGAACUAUCGAAACUGAAAGAGUUCUCAAAGAAUUUUCCGCCCGAGCUCAAAGGGUUAGCAAUAAAUAACAGCGAAUCAAUACGAACUGCCCACAAUAGCUUUGCGAGGCCUGAGCCUUUUGUUCCUGAGGAGCAGAAGGCUGCUGGCAAAGACGACGACGUGUACCACUUCAUAAGCUAUAUUUCUGUUGACGGUGUACUUUAUGAGCUUGAUGGGUUAAAGGAGGGACCCAUUAGCCUCGGACAGUGCACUGGCGGGCAAGGCGACAUGGAUUGGCUGCAGUUGGUGCAACCAGUAAUCCAGGAACGGAUAGAAAGGUAUGCCAAAAGCGAAAUAAGGUUCAAUCUUAUGGCAAUCAUCAAGAACAGGAAAGAGAUGUACACAGCUGAGCUCAAGGAGCUCCAAAAGAGGAGGGAGCGUAUUCUGCAGCAGAUAAACACCUUACAGUCAGAGAGACCGGUCGACAUUAGCAAAUUUGAAGCACUAAACAAAUCUCUUUCGGAAGUGAAUUCAGGGAUUGAGGCUGCCACCGAGAAGAUUUUGAUCGAGGAGGAAAAAUUCAAGAAAUGGAGAACCGAAAACAUUCGCCGGAAACACAAUUACAUUCCCUUUUUGUUUAACUUUCUCAAGAUUCUUGCUGAGAAGAAGCAGUUGAAGCCCCUUAUUGAGAAAGCAAAGCAGAAGAAAGGAGGAACUCUGUGAAAGAAUGGUGGUUGGUAACUGUAAAAGCGACUUGCGGAUUCCUAAUUUAAUAUACCAAAUUUGAAUGGGUUUAAAUUAUAA